AUAGAUUAUGUGUAUUUUUUGUAUCUAUAUUAUAGAAAUUAAAAUUAAAAUAUCAUUAUUUUAUGUAACAUAUUCUUCAUAAUAAUAAUUAUUCUGAUUGGAAUUAAAUAACCAACAUUGACAACUGAGAUUGACAGAAUGAAACGAAACAAACUUCACUUCUUUUCCCCUUUCCCUUCCACCCGGCCGCCUCUCUUGCUUCAAAAGUGAUGUCGACUUCUGUUUACUGCUGCAUCGAAAUGUAAACAAAACAAAGAUAAUAUCACAUAGUACAUUACAUUGCCUAAAAUGUUUUUUAAAAGAAGUACAACAGUAAAAUACAGCAUAGCUGUAUUAGUUGGCGCAGUUUUGUAUUGCGAGUGGUUUGUCUACCUUGCACAGCCGCUGUCCUGGCCAACAUUGCAAUGCCUCCAUGAUCCAUGCACCCGGGUGCUGUUCAUAGCAGACCCGCAGAUACAAGGGGACACCGCUGUUGGGCCUCCCCUCAGCUAUCUUUUCAACUGGGAUAGCGACAGGUACCUAAAGUCUACAUUCUCUGUGGUUUUGAACCAUUUCAACCCAGACGUCCUGGUGUACCUGGGUGACUUGACAGAUGAAGGCUCCAUAGCCACCAUGGCACAGUUUCAUUCAUAUGUGAAAAGGCUCUCCAACAUAUUUGAAGUAGACUAUCCUGUUGUUCAAAUAUGGCUGCCAGGCGAUAACGACAUAGGCGGCGAAGGCGAGCCAAUAAAAAAAGAUAAAGUGGAGGAAUUUGCCAAAGUGUUCAUGCAGCCAGAUGUUGUGAGAUUCUGGAACAUAUCCUUCUACAAAGUCAAUGGCAUCACAAACACAGUUCCGCAGAUAGUGGCCGGGCCUGAAGACACCAAUUACAAAAUUGUGGUCUCCCACUACCCUCUGACCCAUAGGCAUAGUUUUAUUAGUAAGGUGAACUCGAUCAUCCGUCCAGACAUAUACUUCAGCGCGCACGACCACGAGUCCAAGUACGUGCAGCAGCGGAAGGAGCUGCCGCUGCACAACAGCUCAGUGCUGAACAUCCACCGCGACGCCGGACUCUACGAAGUGUCGGUGCCGACGUGUUCGUACCGCAUGGGCACCUCACAUAUUGGCUAUGGAGCUGCUUUGAUUGAGCGUGACCACUGGCUGGUCCAGUACACGGUAUUCUGGUCGCCACAGCGGUUCCCGCAGCUGUUCUUCUACGCUCUAGUGCUCAUCUUAUUCUGCGUGUACGUCAUCGUGUUCUGUCAGAGCAGGCUGAUGCGCUAUUGCAGGUCCAGCAGCAGGACCAUGGACGAGGUUCCGUUUUUGAAAAGAGUCUAGUAACUAGUGUUGCCGCUUGAUAGAAUAUCGAUAGCGUUUCGAUAGACUAUCGAUAGUUUUGCAUACUGUCGAUAGUGUCCAAUGCAUAUUGCAUAGUGUCAUGCAAUGGUAUCAUUGCAUGACAAAAUAUUGAUAAUAAAGCAAUACAAAACAUUCCAACAAGGUAUGUGAAUUGAAAUGCCAAAAUUUUAAUAUACCUAUAUUAUUAUUAUUAUAUUUUAUAAAGAAAACGCCAAAGAGUUAAACGAUUGGAAUUUGGUCAAUUUAAAUAUAUAGAAACGGCCCCAACAGACAAAUUUAUAUAAACAUGUAGGAACAAAUCACUAAAAUUGAGUUAGCCUUUAAGCUAAGGAUACUAACACAACUAUACUAUAUUUUAUAACAUACUUUUCCCGCGGCUUCAUCCGCGUUUAUUUUCACCUCCUAUUAUAGCCAUUUUUCAAAAAUGACUAUAAAAUAGGAGGUGAAACUCCCAUGAGUGUACGUGCAUACCAUAUUUCAUCAAAAUCGGUCCAACGGUUUUACCGUGAAAGCGAAAUAGGCAGACUUGCGCGAUUAUAAUUUAAUAACUAUGGAUUUAAUACUUUUGUUGGAUUUCUAAAUAGCACCUAUGAAUUAUGUCAUUUUUAUUAUCAUGUUAUCUAUUAAUUUUAGAUUUGUUUUAUCUUUUUAUUAUACAUUCCUAACCACAGUGCAUUUGUCAUUUAUAUAUUUUUUUUAUGAUGUAGUACAAAUAAUAUCUAUAAAACUAACAGUUCUACUUAUAAACUAAUGAGGAGAUCAAUUUUUGCUGUUACAUCAAUUUUUUGUUAUAGAAGCAAUGUGCCCAGAACUAGUAGCAUCUCCCCGCUAACCUGCCAGUUUGCAGUGCAAAGCACUGCUCUUCGUUCUCUAGUUGUCUAGAUGAGACGCGCUGAGAUUUCCGACCAUAAUUUCUUUGGUUCACGGGCCGAGGGACCCAUUGUCUCCAUUGCGAAAGUUAAACACAUUUUUCCCAGUAGUGAUCUGGGCUUCAUAUUCUCAGUAUGUUAAGUCGGCCGCACCCGAAAGGCAAGACGCCUGCCAAGCCACUAUUUAUGCCACACUAACGUCGAACGCCGAUUGCAUGGACAUUGCGUAGUUAGUACGAGUGCUUUUAUGUACCGCAAUGAAAAACCAGCAAUGUAUGCCGAAUACGUCAAAUUUCAGCGAACUUAUCCGUCAUAGUGUGAAGUUGGCAUUAGAUUAUUAUCAUGUGUCAUAAGACAGAUGAUUGGUGCUAAAAAUAACAAAUACUAUAUGGAAAAUGUAAAUAAUAAAAAAUAAAAUUAAUAAAAAUAUAGCUAUGUAUUUCGUAACAACUUACAUAAUUUCAAUCCAAGUCCAUAUUUGUGAAAAGCAUUUCCAAAUAUAUGACAAUGUACAGUUCCCUUCAUAUAUUUCAUAGAAAACAAACAAAAUUUCCCUUAUUAGAAAAUAAUUACAAAAAUUUUUAAUGUUCAUAUAAAAAUACCAAAACAAUUAAAAUAAAUUAAGUGACUUUUAUAUUAUCAUCAACUAUGCUCUCUUGUCUUGCUCUUUCAGCUCUCUUUUAAAUAAACAGCAUUAUAUACACAGCAGAUAUGCAUAAUUAGCAAUAUAGGUAAUAUAAGAAAAUCCUAAAGGCAUAAUAAAUUAGUUAUUGAACAGUUAAAGGCUGUUUGUUCCUUGCUCUCAAACAGGAGUUACAAAAUGUUACAUAUGUGACAUUUAAUACAUUACAUAAAUAUAAUACAUUCGCUUUUUAUGUAACAGGGUUAUUUAAUUGUAAUUUUAAAUAUUUUUUAAUUCAAUUUUUUUUUAAAUUUAAAUUCAAAAAUAUUUAAAAUUAUGUUAUAACAGGCACAUAACAGGGUUAUUAAGUUGUAGUUUUAAAUAUUUUUGAAUCUUUCAUAAUACCCUAAUAUUAUAAAAAUAAAAUUGUUAAUACAUUAGCUUUUUUUAUGAGAGUUCUAGUUUUUCAGCGUCACAGACAAAAAUAUCUUGUCUAAUUCACCACUCCAAAGUCGUGGGCCAAGCCGGCCACGACUUUGGAG